CAGGAGCGCGCGGCCUCUUGGCAGGUCGGUUGAGCAUCAGCCAUGGCGGCGGCGACGGGUCCUGCCUCGUCUGUGUGGUGCUGCUGCUUCCGGUGGGGCUGCUGCGGAGAAGGCGGCUCCGGGCACAUCCCCCUCAAGGAGAUGCCCGCCGUGCUCCUGGACACCCAACGGAUGGGAACAGAUGUUGUUGUUGUAAAAAAUGGACGACGAGUGUGUGGUACAGGAGGCUGCUUAGCCAAUGCUCCUUUGCAUCAGAACAAGAGUUACUUUGAAUUUAAAAUCCAGUCCACAGGAAUCUGGGGCAUUGGAGUUGCAACUCAGAAAGUCAAUCUAAAUCAGAUUCCUCUUGGGCGUGAUACAAAUAGUCUAGUACUGCGAAACGAUGGUGCUCUUUACUACAACAAUGAAGAAAAGAAUAGGUUGCCUGCAAACAAUCUUCCACAGGAGGGGGACGUUGUGGGAAUUACGUAUGACCAUGUAGAACUUAAUGUUUAUUUAAAUGGAAAAAAUAUGCACUGUCCGGCUUCAGGAAUCAGAGGGACUGUCUUCCCUGUGGUGUAUGUUGAUGACAGCGCCAUUUUGGAUUGUCAGUUUAGUGACUUUUAUCAUACCCCACCGGCAGGGUUUGAAAAAAUACUCUUUGAACAACAGAUUUUCUGAAUGUUCUCACUGAUAAUUCAUCACCAUUUUACAAAAGUCUCCUCUCAAAGCUUCCCUUUAUUCCCAGAACGCAAACCUAUAUGUCCUAAAGUUUGUUUAACUUUAGAAAAAGAAUGCAUUGCCAAAGAAGCGUGUUCCAAAUGUUAAAUUUAACUAUCGUUUUGUGAUGUGGAUAGUACUUGUAUUUGAGGUAAAGGGAUAUAGCUUACAGUAUUAAGUGACCCCAGAGUCUAAUGAUGCUGUAUAAUAUAAUCAUUUUAUUCAUUUGAUAUAUUUUACAAAUUAUAAGCUCUGUUAGUUCCAACUUCUCUUGUAUUCAGAGAAACUACUGAACAACACGGAUUUCAAAUAUCUCAAACAGCAAAUCACAAACUGCAAAACUGCCGCUGCGCCCCCCCCCCCUUUAAAAAUUAUCGAGAUUGCUGUAUUAAAAUGCACUGCAUUAAAGUCAGAUACACUGCUGAUUGUAAAAAGAAAAGUCAACCCUAGUUGAAAUUGGUUGUUAUGAUAAAGGCUUACUUUGGAGCUCUAACCAGUUCUUAGGGACAUAUGUUAUUUAAAUAUUUUUGCAGUAAACAUGUGUGAACUGUAUAUAUUUGUGGCUGUAUUAAAUUGCUUUUGGUGCACUAAAAAUAUAGCAUAACUUUCAUAAAAACAGCAUUAUUGUAUGUCCAGAAUAUGCUCUAAGUGACCUCUUGCUUUAAAUAAAAUUAACAUUUUUCUUUCUGAGGAAAGAAACAUUUUAAAUGGAA